CUGUGAGGGUGCGUCCGGUUGGACUAACUCCUACAACUAACCUAUCCGAGCGCCUCUUCCCACUUGGCCUCGACAUCUCCGCCUCGCUUCUUAAGCGUCCAACCGACCCAAUCGGUUCCUCGGCCGCAACGACAGCAACAAUAAGUAGAACCCCGUCUUUGCCGUCGCCACCACCAAUGGCCGCGUCUCCGUCGACCACAUCCGUCGCCGGCGCAGGCCCGCUACUGUCCUUCUCCUCCUCCCUUUCCUCCCCCUCCCGCCGCGUCCUCCUGCCCCUCGUCCGCCGCAGCAGCGGCGGCGCAGGGCGCCGUGCCGCACGGAUCCCCGCCAUCAGCGCCAAGAUCCGGGAGAUCUUCAUGCCGGCGCUGAGCUCCACUAUGACGGAGGGCAAGAUCGUGUCCUGGGUGAAGUCCGAGGGUGACCGCCUGUCCAAGGGCGAGAGCGUGGUCGUUGUCGAGUCCGACAAGGCCGACAUGGACGUCGAGACCUUCUAUGAUGGCAUUCUUGCCGCCAUCGUCGUCCCCGCUGGAGAGUCGGCCCCCGUCGGCGCCCCCAUCGGCCUCCUUGCCGAGACCGAGGACGAGGUCCCCCUCGCCAAGGCCCAGGCCCAGUCUCAAUCCCAGUCUCAACCCGCACCCGUGACCCAAUCCCCUCCUUCUCCUCCCUCCGUUGCCGCCCCUUCUCCUCCACCUCCGCCUCCGGCUCCGGUAGCCACUCCGGUGGCUGUUUCGGAGGGGCCGAGGAAGAUCGUGGCCACGCCUUUUGCCAAGAAGCUCGCGAAACAGCACAAGGUGGAUAUCGGGACCGUGGUCGGGACAGGGCCUUAUGGAAGGAUCACCCCUUCCGACAUCGAGGCCGCGGUUGGAAUCCAGCCAAAGGUGCCUGUAAGUUCUCCAUCUCCUGCCGUGACUCCAGUGCCUCAGUCUCCGGCUCCAAGUGCUGAUACAAGCGCCAAAGCUCCAGCGGCUGCUCUGCCUCCUAUUCCUGGCUCCACUGUUGUUCCCUUCACCACGAUGCAGGCUGCUGUGUCAAAGAACAUGGUGGAGAGCCUCUCGGUGCCGACUUUCCGUGUCGGAUAUCCUGUGACGACUAAUGCGCUUGAUGCCCUCUAUGAAAAGGUCAAACCCAAGGGUGUCACCAUGACCGUGCUAUUGGCUAAGGCUGCAGCUAUGGCACUUGCAAAGCAUCCAGUUGUGAAUGCAAGCUGCAAGGAUGGAAAGAGUUUUACUUACAAUGAGAGCAUCAACAUUGCAGUUGCUGUGGCGAUUGAUGGCGGACUGAUAACCCCUGUUCUCCAGGAUGCAGAUAAGUUGGAUAUUUACUUGCUCUCUCAAAGAUGGAAAGAUCUGCUAAAGAAGUCUCGUGCUAAGCAGCUUCAACCCAAUGAGUACAGUUCAGGAACAUUUACUGUCUCCAAUUUGGGUAUGUUUGGGGUGGACAGAUUUGAUGCUAUUCUUCCACCUGGUCAGGGGGCUAUUAUGGCAGUUGGAGCUUCAAAGCCCACUGUUGUUGCUGAUGCUGAUGGUUUCUUCUCUGUUAAGAGUAAAAUGCUGGUGAAUGUAACUGCUGACCACAGGAUUAUCUAUGGUGCUGACUUGGCAGCCUUCCUACAGACAUUUGCAAAGAUUGUUGAGGACCCUGAGAGUUUAACGCUGUAGGUUUUUCUCGCAAAUAACUAUUUGCACGAGCUAUCUGUUGUUUUGGUAGCAGUAGUUGAGAGCUUUCUUGGCAUUCUCUUCGAUAAACAGAUUAACCUGUCAUUAAGGUAUAUGCUUCUUGUUGUUGUGUUUGCAAGUGUCCAACUUUGCUAGAAAGUAUUAAAGAUGUUUGGAAAUUUUUUCAACUUAAAUAAAAUUUGAUAUUUCUAAACUA